AUGCAAAUGAAUGAUUUUUAUGUGAAUGUUAAGUUAGCAUUAUUUGGUAGAAAAUCUUUUGGUUUUUACUCUUCGAAAAAAGAAAAACUUUUAGAUUCUCGUAUUGAUAGAUUAAUAGAUGAUACUUUGAUGCCAGUAAUAAAAAAUAAGAUUUCUAACUAUAAACCUAAUUAAAAUUAGGAUUUUUUAGAUAUAUAUAUUGAGACAUAUCUUAAUUAAAAGGCAAAUGAACCAAAGAUUACAGAAUUAGAAUUAUGUUAAUUAUUUGUUUCAAUUGUUUCAGCAGGGACUGAUACAUCAUCACAUUAAAUAGCAAUAACUCUUUAUUAUUUGGGAUUAGAUAGAAAAGCAUAAGAGGAGAUAAGAUAAGAAUUAGUAAAUGUAGUAGGGGAUGAAUUAGACAUUUAACCAUAACAUUUAAAUAAGUUGGCUCUUUUGAAUGCAUUUAUUUAUGAAGCCUUUAGAAUUAAAAAUACUGUUAUUCAACCAUUGACUAGAAUAGCUAAAGAAUCUCAUUUUAUUAAAAAUUUGAAAAUUGAGAAAGGUCUAUCACAUUAUUAAUUUUAUUAGGUACUUAUGUAUUAUAGUCUAUAAAAAUAGUCAUCUAUAGCUGCNUAUCUAUGUGCAAUUGUGGUUAUUAAAUUGAAACAUGGAAAAGAGGUUUAUAUUUUCUAUUUCCCUUUAUUUGGUGAUUACUUUUAUUUGAAAAACUCUUUUGAAAAAUAUGGUGAUGCUACAGAGAUCUUUAAACAAAGGUAUUAAAAGAAUCCUGACAUCAAAUUUGUAGCUACUAACUUUUUAAAUAAAGUCUUUCUAUUCAUCUAAGACCCUGAAUAUUAUAAAUCAGUUCUUGUAAAUCAUUAGAGCUAUUCAAAAGUAGAUAUCCUAUAUCAUCCGUAAAAAUUUAACUAAAUUUAAUAAAUUAUCAUCAACUUCAAUUUUAUUUGGUGGGCCAGAAAAAGUUAAGUAACAAAGAAUUUUAUUAGGUGA